AGCCCCGCGACGGGGAGGGACCGACUGGGCGAGUGGAGGCUCCGGCGGUGUCAAUGGCUCCUCCUGCCACGGAGCAGCAGCAGAAGCCGCGGCGACGGGGCUGAGGAGGAGGAGGAGGAAGGUUCCUUUAAGGAGGAGGAACGACGACGCCUCUUUUUCCCCCUAUCUCCUCCUUUCAUACUCAUUUCCCCUUCGCUGAGGAGAGAAGGGGGAGGAGAGAAGAGGCCGAAGAAAGAGAGAGAAAAAUUCCUCUCCGAAAUCUUUCAGAGGGUGUGGGGGGAGGAAGAGAGAAAAAAAGCCGGGCGCCCCCUGCUCCCUCCCUCCCUCCUCUCCCUCUCCUUCUCCCUUCCUCGCCCGCCCGCCCACUGCCCCCGCCGCCCGAGACGCCGCUCUGGAGUCGGCGGGCCCGGGGUCUGUCUCCUCCGCCGCCGACGCCGCGCUUCGCCUCGGAGCCCCAGGCGGGCGGACGCCCUUUCUUUCUUUCUCUCGCUCUGCCCGUCUCUCGGUCUCCGUCCCUCGCGGCCGCCCCGCCCGGCGGCCUCGGCCUUCCCCGUGCGUCAGGCCCGCCCGCCCGGCCUCGCUCGGUCUUCGUCUCCGCGGGCCUUUCUCUGUCUUCGGGGGCUCGCUCGGCCCCUCCGCCCUCACCGCCUCCCCUGCCCCUCGCUCCCUUUCCUUCCUCCCCUCCUCCCCACCCCUUUCUCCGGCCCGGGAGCUCGCGGUGCGUGUGCGUGUGUGUGUCCCUCCGCCAACGCCGCCACCUCAGCCCGGCAAAUGAACUCCGUCCGAGCCGCCAACCGGAGACCCAGGCGAGUGUCGCGGCCGCGCCCGGUGCAGCAACAGCAGCAGCAGCCCCCGCAGCAGCCGCCGCCGCAGCCGCCCCAGCAGCAGCCGCCGCCGCAGCAGCAGCCUCCGCCGCCGCCGCAGCAACAGCAGCCUCCGCCGCCGCCGCCGCCGCCUCCGCCGCUGCCCCAGGAGCGGAACAACGCCGGCGAGAGGGAUGAUGAUGUACCUGCAGAUAUGGUUGCAGAAGAAUCAGGUCCUGGUGCACAAAACAGUCCUUACCAGCUUCGUAGAAAAACUCUUUUGCCGAAAAGAACAGCGUGUCCUACAAAGAGCAGUAUGGAGGGUGCCUCGACUUCAACGACAGAAAACUUUGGUCAUCGUGCAAAACGUGCAAGGGUAUCUGGAAAAACACAAGAUCUUGCAGCAGCACCUGCUGAACAGUAUCUUCAGGAGAAACUGCCAGAUGAAGUGGUUCUAAAAAUCUUCUCUUACUUGCUGGAACAGGAUCUUUGUAGAGCAGCUUGUGUGUGUAAACGCUUCAGUGAGCUUGCUAAUGAUCCAAUUUUGUGGAAACGAUUAUAUAUGGAAGUAUUUGAAUAUACCCGUCCUAUGAUGCAUCCUGAACCUGGCAAAUUCUACCAGAUUAAUCCAGAAGAAUAUGAACAUCCAAAUCCUUGGAAAGAGAGUUUCCAGCAGUUGUAUAAAGGUGCACAUGUAAAGCCAGGAUUUGCUGAACAUUUCUACAGUAACCCUGCAAGAUAUAAAGGAAGAGAAAAUAUGUUGUAUUAUGAUACAAUUGAAGAUGCCCUUGGUGGGGUACAAGAAGCUCAUUUUGAUGGACUUAUCUUUGUUCAUUCUGGAAUAUAUACUGAUGAAUGGAUAUACAUUGAAUCUCCAAUCACCAUGAUUGGUGCAGCACCUGGAAAAGUAGCAGACAAAGUUAUAAUUGAAAACACUAGAGAUUCAACCUUUGUUUUUAUGGAAGGUUCUGAGGAUGCUUAUGUUGGAUAUAUGACAAUAAGGUUUAACCCUGAUGACAAAUCUGCUCAACACCACAAUGCACACCACUGCUUAGAGAUUACAGUAAAUUGUAGUCCUAUUAUUGAUCACUGUAUCAUCAGAAGUACAUGUACAGUUGGCUCUGCAGUAUGUGUUAGUGGUCAAGGAGCCUGUCCUACUAUCAAGCACUGUAAUAUCAGCGACUGUGAAAAUGUUGGACUUUAUAUAACAGAUCAUGCACAGGGAAUAUAUGAAGAUAAUGAAAUUUCCAAUAAUGCUUUGGCUGGGAUUUGGGUUAAAAAUCAUGGAAACCCAAUUAUUAGACGGAAUCAUAUUCAUCAUGGACGUGAUGUUGGUGUGUUCACAUUUGAUCAUGGCAUGGGUUACUUUGAAAGUUGCAACAUACACAGAAACAGGAUAGCAGGCUUUGAAGUAAAAGCCUAUGCUAACCCCACAGUGGUUCGAUGUGAAAUUCAUCAUGGGCAGACUGGAGGAAUAUAUGUCCACGAAAAAGGAAGAGGACAGUUCAUAGAGAAUAAAAUCUAUGCAAACAACUUUGCGGGUGUAUGGAUUACCUCAAAUAGUGACCCAACGAUAAGGGGGAAUUCUAUAUUUAAUGGAAAUCAAGGGGGAGUUUACAUCUUUGGUGAUGGACGAGGCCUUAUUGAAGGAAAUGACAUUUAUGGAAAUGCAUUAGCAGGAAUUCAGAUUAGGACAAACAGUUGUCCAAUUGUUCGACAUAACAAAAUUCAUGAUGGCCAGCAUGGUGGGAUUUAUGUGCAUGAGAAAGGACAAGGUGUAAUAGAAGAGAAUGAAGUUUAUAGUAAUACUCUGGCUGGAGUCUGGGUGACAACUGGCAGCACUCCAGUACUGAGAAGAAACAGGAUACACAGUGGCAAGCAGGUUGGUGUUUAUUUUUAUGACAAUGGACAUGGAGUGCUAGAAGACAAUGAUAUCUAUAAUCAUAUGUAUUCAGGGGUUCAGAUAAGGACUGGAAGCAACCCCAAAAUUAGGCGCAACAAAAUCUGGGGAGGACAGAAUGGUGGAAUUCUAGUUUAUAAUUCCGGUCUAGGCUGUAUAGAAGACAAUGAAAUAUUUGACAAUGCAAUGGCUGGAGUCUGGAUUAAGACAGAUAGUAACCCUACACUAAGAAGAAAUAAAAUCCAUGAUGGAAGAGAUGGUGGCAUCUGUAUAUUUAAUGGGGGUCGAGGUCUCCUUGAAGAAAAUGAUAUUUUCAGGAAUGCUCAAGCAGGUGUUCUCAUCAGCACUAAUAGUCAUCCAGUCUUACGGAAAAACAGAAUAUUUGAUGGAUUUGCUGCAGGUAUUGAAAUUACAAAUCAUGCAACUGCAACAUUAGAAGGCAAUCAGAUUUUUAACAACCGGUUUGGAGGCUUAUUUUUAGCAUCUGGUGUUAAUGUGACAAUGAAAGAUAACAAAAUAAUGAACAAUCAAGAUGCCAUAGAAAAGGCUGUUAGUAGAGGCCAAUGUUUAUAUAAAAUAUCAAGUUAUACCAGCUAUCCCAUGCAUGACUUCUACAGAUGUCACACUUGUAACACCACAGAUCGAAAUGCCAUAUGUGUGAACUGCAUUAAGAAGUGCCAUCAGGGACAUGAUGUAGAAUUUAUUAGACAUGAUAGGUAUGUAGCAUACUUGCCUGUUUUAUCACCCAAUUAUACCCCCCUCCCCCUUCUUGCCUAUUCUAUUACCCAAUUAUCCCCCUUCCUAAUUUUUGGGUUUUCAUUUUGCUUUAGGUUUUUCUGUGACUGUGGUGCUGGAACACUGUCUAAUCCUUGUACAUUAGCUGGUGAGCCUACACAUGAUACAGAUACACUAUAUGACUCUGCUCCACCUAUAGAAUCUAAUACAUUGCAGCACAACUGAAUUCCUUCCCUAAAGAAAAAGUUCUGCCAUUCUAACAUCAUAACUUAAAACAUUUUUGGAAGAAGAUUUAGUAUUUGCCCAUGCUACAGGAAGAGACUGUAUUAAAAAUGGAUACAUGAGGUCAGUUGACACUAUGAAGCUCAAGCUACCAAAAAGAAAGUGGCAAUAUAUUGACUCAGGAUCUCAAAGCUGGGUGUUUUAGCAUUACUGUGUAAAGACAUUUGAAGGGACAGAAGUGAAAAAAAAAAAAAAAAGCUGCAAUUUUGUACAGAUACCAACUUCUGAAAAAAAAGCUGGUGUUUUUACAACUAGCAUUGAAUGCAGUCCAAUUUGCAGUAGUACUCUCAUCAAUAGACAAGCAGCUUUGUUGCUGCCUUUAUGGACAUGGGUACCAAUUGCUUUUUGUAAUAUGGUAAAAAAUGUGAGCUAGCACUUCUGCGUUACUUUUGAUUUUUUUUAACAUGUAUUCAGAUUGAGAAAAAUAUGAUUUUAAUGCUUUAAUCUCAUGUAGUUUGUUUUUUAAUUUCAAGCAAAAUCUUAUUGUACUUGAAUGUGCCCUGUUUUGUUAGCACACCUAGACUUGCUGUAACUGUACUCAUGUCCCAGUAUGUACGUUCUUUCUAUGAAAGAGAAAACACUAAUCUUAAAUUAUAUCCAGCAAUGUUUCUGGUAUCCUUUAAGAAAAGUUAAGACUAUUAUUUCCUUCCCUUCCCUGUGCAGCAUUCAAAAUCACCCUUAGAAAAGUGAGUGUUUUAAUGAGACUUCCUAGGAAGGGAUGCACUGUAAAACAAAAGUAUUCUUGUAACUCAGUUUUGUGAAAGGUAAAAACUACUAUGUUUUAAAGUACACUUUAGAAAGUCUCUUCAAAACAGUCCUGUAUUUGAACUCUGUUCAUAGUUUUUGUUUUUUUUUUGAACAGUUUAGACAAACUGCUGGAAAUUAAAACAAUUUCCUGCAUUAAGCUGAGACAAGUAUAUAUACAGCCCUAUACAGUUUCAUAGCUUCCCUCCCCCAUUUAUGUGUAUUGGUGACAGUGGGUAUAAACAGCCUGAAAGUGUAUGCAUGUACCAUAACAUCUAGACUUAAUAUAUUGUGAAGUAUUCAAUAACCAUUAUGUAGAAGGUAGGUAAGAAUUAAAAGGGUUUAAUUUCCUAGAAAGAAAAUGGAAAAAUGGUCAUUUUUAAAAAAUAAAGUUUAUUAGAUCAUAA